UGGCUGCAGGCCGAGGAAGGGUCUCGCUGCCUGGGCUCUCGCUUACCGCAUCCCUCUCUCUGCCCGUGUGACCUGGAGCGAGCGUCCAGCACCAGAGCUGGUCAUUUCUGAGAAACACGGGCAGGGAGCGCCCUUGUCAGUCAUCCUCGUGCCAGGCAGGGUAAGUGUUGAAUAAGCACAUAUCAUUAUACAAGCAUGGAUGAAGAGCCUGAGAGAACUAAGCGGUGGGAAGGAGGCUACGAGAGAACCUGGGAAAUUCUUAAAGAAGAUGAAAGUGGAUCACUUAAAGCCACAAUAGAAGACAUUCUCUUCAAGGCAAAGAGGAAAAGAGUGUUUGAGCAUCAUGGACAGGUCCGACUUGGAAUGAUGCGCCACCUGUAUGUGGUAGUAGACGGCUCAAGAACAAUGGAGGAUCAAGAUUUAAAGCCCAAUAGGCUGACUUGCACUUUAAAGUUGUUGGAAUACUUUGUAGAAGAAUAUUUUGAUCAAAAUCCUAUUAGUCAGAUUGGAAUAAUUAUAACAAAGAGUAAAAGAGCUGAAAAACUGACUGAACUCUCAGGAAACCCAAGGAAACACAUAGCAUCUUUGAAGAAAGCUGUUGAUACCACCUGCAGUGGAGAACCGUCUCUCUAUAAUUCCUUAAGCAUGGCUAUGCAAACCCUGAAACAUAUGCCUGGACAUACAAGUAGAGAAGUACUAAUCAUCUUUAGCAGCCUGACAACCUGUGAUCCGUCUAAUAUUUAUGAUCUCAUCAAGACCCUGAAGGCAGCUAAAAUCAGAGUGUCUGUUAUUGGAUUGUCUGCAGAGGUUCGAGUUUGCACUGUACUUGCUCGUGAAACUGGUGGCACAUACCAUGUUAUUUUAGAUGAAACCCAUUACAAAGAGUUGUUAACACAUCAUGUUAGCCCUCCUCCUGCCAGCUCAAGCUCCGAAUGCUCACUCAUUCGUAUGGGAUUUCCUCAGCAUACCAUUGCUUCUUUGUCUGAUCAGGAUGCAAAACCAUCCUUCAGCAUGGCGCAUUUGGAUAAUAGCACUGAGCCAGGACUUACAUUGGGAGGCUAUUUCUGCCCACAGUGUCGAGCAAAGUACUGUGAGCUUCCUGUUGAAUGUAAAAUAUGUGGUCUUACUUUGGUGUCUGCUCCUCACUUGGCACGAUCUUACCAUCAUUUAUUUCCUUUGGAUGCUUUUCAAGAAAUUUCCCUAGAAGAAUAUAAUGGAGAAAGGUUUUGUUAUGGAUGUCAGGGGGAAUUGAAAGACCAACAUGUCUAUGUUUGCACAGUGUGCCAAAACGUUUUCUGUGUGGAUUGUGAUGUUUUUGUUCAUGACUCUCUCCACUGUUGUCCUGGCUGUAUUCAUAAGAUCCCAACUCCUGCAGGUAUUUGAUUCCAACAUGUAGGACACACACUGAGUGGGUUAAGAAAGCUUGUAACUUAAAUAAAAUGAUUCUUUGAAUAAAUUGAUUCUCUAAUUAAAGCAUGAAAACACUUUGAAAGAAUCUGACUUCAGAAACUUUUGCUAUGAACUGUUUUCUAUGAAAGAAUAUUUUUAUUUAUAUUCUAUCAAAAAUAUGCAUAUAGAUUCAAUUAAUUUUGUUUUAUUUUGAGUCGUAUUUUCAGUUUAACUCAGUAUUAUAUAUUAAUUACUUACAGUGACUAAAUUGA